AAUACACAAGGUGUCCAGGUUCUGCAGAGAAAAUAUGAAGCUGAACUCGAAGCACAACGUUUCACCAACCUGCUCCACCUCCUGGUCUCAGACGACCCACUCACUCCAGGCUUCAUGACUGAAAACACCCACAAAGAUCUAAUUGGACCAGAGUCUUCUUCCCUCAGAGAGAUCCUCAGUGAUGGAUCAGCUGCAGCGCCAACGGCCGAUUCAAUCGACAGAACCAGCCGUGAACAAAAAGAAGUCCAAACUGCAAAUGACUCUGCCAAGCAGGAAAUCUGUUCAGGAUGUGGAGCGGUCAUGGAAGACCUGCCCUACCUGGAGAUCUUGCGUGCACCAGACACACGGGGCGAGGAAGACGAGGCCAGUGAAACAGAGAGCCACCAGAGCUACGAGAAACAGCGCUCUCUCAUCACGCUCGCUUGGAGCAAACCGUCUGAGGACGAUAAGGCAGAGACUGCAGGUGGGGAAACUGAACAGAAUCGAGAUGACAGCACGACCCAAGUCCAAUCCACACAAUGUGGCAAAACAGUUCAGGAGACAGACAGAGAAGACAUGAACCCUACUCUGCUGCAGAACGGUUCUUCAGAUCAUCAGUACAGCCCAACAGAGCAGCUGAACUUGAAAAAGACACCAAAAACCAAACGGUCAGAAGGAGGAGAAGCUGCAUCGGAAAGUGACCUGCAAACAGAUGCUACAGAAGUUGAGAAUCUUCAACAUUUACAGCCAAAUGUCUUGGAUGACCUCUGCUCUGGAACAUCUGAUCCCACAGCCAGAGAAAAGAAGAUGUGUCCCACUGAGUCCACACUGGUGGAGCUCAGAGGACCUGAACACUCAGGCCAUGAGGACCAGACACGUUCUCAAGAAUCAACAAUGGAGUUCAGUCUUCCUGAGAGAAACCAAACGAGGGAACCCAGUCCGAUGGAGAAGGAACGACAUCCAGUGUCUGCGAUGGACCGAGAGAGAACAAUGCAGAACCUGGUAGACAUGCAAAAAAAGUUUGAAGAAAAGCAUCAAAGAGACAAAGAAAGGCAGCUGCUGAAGGUUCAGGAGCGUCUGUCGAUAAUCCAGAGCAAAAAAGCCGAGGAGGACCUUCUUGGCUUGAAGCAUACAGACAGACUGAGGCACCUCACACAAGAUCUACCCAUGGAAGACAAGAACCAGCAGAAGACGGUCGUUAAGGAGCGGCUGGAACAGCUCAGAAGAGAGCGCUCUUACAUCAUGCAAUCCAAGAGAGACAGGAACACUGCUGUGUUCAAGGAACUCCUGGCUCCAGUUCAUUUGCACAUCAGUGAGACAGAAGACGGAACAAACUGACGCUUGGUGUUACUGAUUGACUUUUUAGUUCCAGUUUCAUCUAAACUGUUAAUGCUGUUCAGUGUUUUAUUUACUUAACAUACUUGUGUUAAGAAGUUUUAUACCAUCUUUGUUGUGAUCAUGUAAAAUACAGCUCUGUGCAAAAGUCUAAAAUCAACCCCAUUAUCAUAUUUGGUCUCAAAAGAACAAAACUUGCUUGUAACCUCUUGCAGAUGCAUUUGGUCAGUGGUUCUGCAAGUUUAUUAUUUUUUAUUCUCUGGUAAAUAGUUCUGUUGUGUCAACACAAUCUGGUUAUUUCCUUGGGUUUGAGAGCCUUUUCUUUUGCCAAUGAUUCACAGGUUGGUUAGGAGGGUUGAGAAACAAAACAUUUCUCUGAAAAGGGUCUAGUACUGAAUCAAAUCAGAGCAAGGAAAAUUCAAAGAAAAACUGUAGAUCUCCAGAAAACCUUAAGAACUGGCACCCAAGAACACCUUUAAAAGAAGCAAAGACCUUUGCAUAGUACUAAAACAAAAACCAGAAAAAACAUCUAAUUAUUUUAUAUGUUUUAAUGUUCAUUUUGACAACCAUAUGCAUCAACAGUAACGUAAUUUAAUUAUAACCCCUUUAAUCGUGUGCACAUUAUCCCAAGGCCAAAAUGACAAACGAUAAGCCUGAGGUGCAUGUGAACAGUCCAGAGGGGCUCCAUUUUUAUGUGAACAUUUAUGUUGAACAUUGUUCACUUGCACCAAUGGACUGAGACUGGCUUUAUUUACAGGUAUGUAAGGAUAAGAGAGGAACAUGUGAAGGAACAUUAGUUUCAUUACUAACUCUACAACUGGUAGGUAAGCUACAGCUGGAUUGGUGUGGGCUCGGGAGUCCUUCCUGAAAAACAGGACGACUCCUCAUUCCAGCUAAGGUGAGGGAAAAUAUCUGAGAUAAACAUUCUUUUUAUCCCACCUCCUCGUUCACUAAUUACAGUAUAUUUGGUAUUCACUCUCACAGUUCACUGCAAAGCAUAAAUACCUACCAGCCCAAUGAGCUAGAACAUU